AUGCUUUGCAUGAAAUGGGGCAGCCGCGAAGACAAUGCGACAGCUACGAAGUCCGUGUUUUGUGUUUUUAAAGUCUCGAAGAAAAUCGACAUGGAUCCGCCGCUGCUCUUGGACAUAAUCGCCUCGAUGAUCACGAAAAUUGAGCAUACCAUGGACCCUUUGAUGCAGGAUACGACCAACUCGGUGGUCACGCGGGUUGAAAUGCAUGUCAAUGAGAGUAAGCUGAUGGACAACAUUCUUGAGCGCAAGAAGCAAUUUGGAGAUUCAGCAGCGAUUAAUUUGCGAGAACUGGCGUUGAAGAAAUAUUCACAAAAGUCUUUUCCAUCGCUUCAACGUGUUAAAAGGUUGCUAAAGAAGGAAAGAGCGUCGAAUUUGAAGGCUCUGAGCGUUACCACAGAUGAUUUCUUCAUUCAGCCGUCUCGGCUUCUUCAUUUUGUGUCAUUCGAAAAUCCGGCUCCGACGAAAACUCUUCCAGUGUAUGUCGAAAAAAGAGCCGAACUUUCACAGGACAGGUCUCCGUGGUUUAGUUCGAUUAUGGCUGAAGAAAUUGCUGCCGUCAUUGAUGCCUUCAACAAUAAUGCAACGAGGUCGAAACAUCCGAAACCACAAGGUGCAGAUGCCGGUUUGGGUUUGACGAAAACCGAUGCAGCCCCACCAGUUACUCUGAAGAUUCGGCUUAAGAUGAAUGAAAGUACGAAGUCAACAAAUGAUAAUCGCAAUGUGUCGACGAAAAAGAAGAAAGAUGAAGAAGUUCAUAAAAAAGAUUUGACAAAGCUUAGCUCAUCGGAAGCAGCUUCAACUUUUUGCGAUCUUAAAAAACGGCCCCAAGAUCGAUCAAUGGGUUCAAAGGGAAAGAAGUUUGCAGGGGCUCUCAAAUCAUCGAGUCAAGUUUCAUCAAUUUCAACUGCAUUUCUCAAGGAAGUUGAUCGACCCCCCAAGAAAAAAGAUAAACCAGCACUCAGUGCCUCAAACACCGCCACGCCAUCAAACCUUACUUCGUUGGGAACCAAGAGAGUUGCUGAGAGAGAAAAAGAUGUUGACGAUUCCAAUGGAUACAAGACGCCAAAGACUAAACGCGUUUCGUUUGCGGAACUCGGUCGUUAUGUCGAACUGGAGGAAAUGCCAAAUGUGGAAGUUGCUCUUUCAACGUUUGAACAUCUUUUUGGAGCAAAAUUUGGAGAUGUAAAUUCCAAGGAAGCAAGUCAACGAAUAGGUAGUGCGACUGAGUUAAUGGAGCACGCAAAUAGGUCCGAGUUGGAGAUCCCUCGAAGUUCCAAGGAGGCAAGUCAACGAAUUAACCGAACCACAGAGUUAGCAGAGCAUUCAACUAGGCUCAAGUCGGUGAUCCCUGGACCCAAAACACUACCUCCUUGUUCUGAUGUUAUUUUUCCUUCAUUGGAACAGCUUCAGCGAAAGAUUGGAUUGCCGCCUUUGCUGGGAUCAAGAAUGCCACCUCGGGAACCUAGAACGCCUCCUAAAAUUCCGCCAAAGGUGAGCCCGCUUUCACCUGUCGUGAUGCCGAGAUCUAUGGACAAGCAGCUACCAUCCACUCUUACUACUUUCGCUUGUCAUCCUAAAUCAAACAAGCAAGAAGAAUUGGUGGAGUCGAUUUGUAAUUUGCUGCAAUUUGAUGGGCGGAUUCAAGAUGAAAAAUUGAGGCGAUACGAAGAGCAUAAUGAUGGCACAAUGUGUGCAAAGCUGCUUGCUAUUAAUCGUAAACCAGAACGCACUGAUGAGGAAGAAAGAAUGACAAAUCGGCGUCAAACUCCAAAAUAUCGUGAUUUAUCUUGGCCUGACGACUUCGAGGUACCGUCACGUAAAAGACACUGGGCUUUUUACUGGCCAACUUUCGACCCAGUUGAUGUUGUCAUCGAUGUUGUUACGAGGAAAGAUAAAAACAAUGAAAAAUGGUACAAUAUGUACAUUCAGAAUUUCCACAGCUCGGACGAACAUCUUGCAUACAAAAUUAGACGAAUGCGUUUGGCCGAACCAGCGUCAGCCGGCUCUUCCUUGAAAGAUGAAAUCAACAGUCGUCUCAGGGCCUACGAUAAUCACGAUGAAAAACCGCCAAAGACCAAUCACCGAUUCACAUAUCGAUUUGGAUACGCCCGCGAAUUCAUGUUUGAAAGCCUAGAAGAGCGAAGACUUUUCGAAGAAAUUAGAUUCACCCUUAAGUCAGGCAAAGACGCUCUAUAUGAAAUUGACGAUUACAGUACUGAUCGCUUCGACUUGGUUCCAAGUGCUUGGUUCGGGCCAACAUCAAACGUCACGCUCACGGAGAACAAUAAUAAGCAACAUUUUAAAGAGUGGGUUGACGAAUACAUUCAUUUCAAAGCAGUCGACACUUACAAAUCGUUGAACAAACGGACAAGAAGUGACGCUUUAUUGGAUGAAGCUCUUGAUGCCCGCAUUGGUUUAGCACUUCUUCCGACGUUUGAUCGCCUCAAAAGCAUUUCCGCACAAAGGAUCCUUUAUAAAUUACGCCUGGAAAAUCAAGAUCUUACAAGGACGGAGGCAUAUUACGAUCUCAAACUGAAAUCGGACCAAGUCAAGAGCGCGCAAAGAGUACAAGAAGUCGAGGAAAUGAUUGCAAAUCGGAAGCCUCAACGCCUGGAAGAUUUACGUCGAGAAUUCUCACUUGUCAGUUUUAUAGUUAUGAACAAAAAAGAUUUUGUCAGCAUCUACAAUCAACUCACCGCCUCGUAUCGCGCUUUCGCGCCUAUGAGUUGGAUCAUGCACGAGAAUUGUGGAAAGCUAGAGCAAACCGUUAACGAUGCGUUUGAGAAGCGAAUGGGGAUUCCAAAACGACGAGCGACAUACUUUCAGGAGUUUAAGUCAUAUAUGGAACGCGAGUAUCGGCAAGCUCGUGCCGCAAGAAAG